AAACAUAAUACAGUGCAAACAAACCCAACCAACCAACCCCCACAGAUAACAGUACAUACAAGCAAGCGUCGUCAGGCAGGCCGGGUCAAUAUCAAUUGGGCAGGUAGGUACAGGGGGGAGCAAGCGGAGAAUGGUCGGGGUCACAGGCCAGGUUCAGCAGGUAGCAAGCAGCGUAGUACAGAGGGUCAGGCAGAGGGAUGGUCAGGGUCACAAGCCAGGAUCAGAGCAGGAGAAGUCAGCAGCAGUUCAGAUCAGGCGGGGGUGUCAGCAAAGGAACAGAAACAGGAUACAGGGCCCAGGACAACCAAACACCAAGGCAGAGUCUGUGGGUCUGGCCAU